UAUGCAUUAUUUCAGGUCCUCUAAAGAUUUUCCAGAUAUGCAUAGUCUCAUCAUGCACAGUUACAACUAUGAUAGUGCUGACUUGCGCGUGGAUCACCUGGGGUUCCACAAGGCUUUGUGUGUUCUAAUGGGUUGGGACUACUUGAAGCCUCCCGAGAACUCAAGGGCGUAUCAGUUUCUUUCUGCUGAAGCAGCAGCAGCAAAUGUGGAUGAUCUGAUUAUGUGGCCACCUGUGGUGAUAAUUCAUAAUACUGUUACGGGAAAGAGUAAAGAUGGCCGCAUGGAGGGUUUGGGCAAUAAAGCAAUGGAUAGUAAUAUUAGAGAUCUUGGAUUUGGAAGUGGGAAGUCGAAAUCCUUAUAUGGUAGAGAUGGUCAUUUGGGUAUGACUCUGGUUAAGUUUUCCGGUGACGAAGCAGGCCUAAAGGAUGCCAUUCGAAUGGCAGAGUUCUUUGAGAAGGAAAAUCAUGGGCGCAGGGGCUGGGCUCGUGUACAGCCGCCAACGCUGGGCAGUAGGGAUGAUGAUAACAAUCCAAACCUUGUCAAGUUUGAUGAAAAGACGCGGGAGAAGAAGAGGAUCCUAUAUGGCUAUCUCGGAACAGCUUAUGAUCUUGACAAAGUUGAUUUCGACACAAGAAAGAAGGCCGUGAUCGAAAGCCUUAGGGAGUACAAGUCAUCCAAGUAGAUUCGUGGUAACAUUCAAGCCAUCCCGUCUCAUGGCAUCGUAGGUGAUGGAAGCUCUACGUAAUAUACGAGCAGCAUUCUCUAAUGUCGCAAGGCCGAGGCGUGAAGCCCGUUCGGAUGCCUGCCGAUCAUUCUUGGACGGAGUUUUUUCGUGCUACAGCUCUUGGUGUGUUGGGAUAUAAAGCAAGAGAAUUCAGUGUAGCAAAAGGAUUUAUUACGAGCGCUUGUAUUUGUAUGGUUUCUGAGAUGAACAACUUGUAUGGCAGCCAAUAAUUGCUUAGUAACUUUUAUUUGGUGAAUAGUAAGCGUUUAAUGGCUACAUGUUGGUUGUAUAAUUGCUCAACAUUUGCCA